UCUCUCUCUCUCUCUCUCUCUCUCUCUCACACACACACACACACAUCAUCCUCCAUCCACCUCUUCUCUCACCCAAUCUCUUCCUCUAUGAGGAUCCGAAAAAGACCACCCUUCUCUUCCUCCCACUCCCUCCCGUCUCUACCUCAUCCCUCAGAUCCACCCUGCCAAGUCCACCCACCAAGUGCGAGGCGUGAAACCAAGGAGAGCAUAGCAGGAGAAGUGUUGCACCCAGUUGGGGAUCUGCUGAUAGAUCCCCAUGAGUUGGGGGAGAAUCUGAAAAGACGGCCUGCUCCGGGCCCUCCUCUUUCAGAUCCAGUUGCCAACGGCGACAGCUGCAGUCGUGAGCGUGUGCAGGUGCUGAAGGUGAAGGAGGGGCGGUCGGUGGAUUCCAACCAGAGAUGGAAUGCGAAGGCCGAUAGCAGUCACAGCCACAGGGUACGUGGCAGCUCAGGUGCAGUAGCAUUGGGAGAGGCGGCGCAGACGAAAACGAUGGAAGGAAACGAUGGUGGAAAUGGGGAUGGAGGAUUGGAAACGAAGCUGGUGGAGAAGGAGAAGAAGGCCAAGGUGACGGCGCAAGCAAGCGCUGGUCCUGCCGCAGCUUAUGAUAAUGAUUGCACCAGUGUUGGGGAUAGAGAUAAGGAGGGAUGCGAUGGUGGGGCAGCAGUGGUGAGAGCUGGGAACGGGUCAAACGUUGAUGGGAGGAGGCGGAGGAGCCCGGCUGUGCCGGUGGAGGGUUCGCGGUGCAGCCGCGUCAACGGCAGGGGGUGGCGCUGCUGCCAGAAGACCCUCGUCGGGUAUUCUCUCUGCGAGCACCAUCUUGGCAAGGGAAGGCUGAGGAGCAUGAGAAGUGUCAGAGGUCAGUUGGGUAUACGUAAGCCCCAGUGGAGCACUGGUGGAGGAAAUAGCGUCGCACCAUCAACUUCAGCGCAAAAGCAACCGGAGGAGGAGGAGCACGCAACACAAAGUCUACACUUGCUUGUUGCUGCCGAUAACGAGGUGGGCAAGAUAGAGGAAGACGAAGAGGAGGAGGAGAAGACGGUAAGGAAGAAGAUAGGCAUGGUGAAGGCCCGAUCUAUCAGCAGUUUGCUUGACGGCACCAACCGCCCGGUGCUGUCGCCGUCGUUGCUAUCGCAGGUGCCGGAAGUUGGCAAUGAGGCAAAGAGCAGUGUGAGUUGAAGCAAUUGGAAGCUGAGGGUGUUGGAUUUGCUUCAUUCUUUUGCUGUUCCUUUGUUCUGCUUUGAUGGAGAACAGGAACACUGUGCAGUUGUUCUAGGAAAUCAUCAUCUACAUGGGAGAGAGAGAGAGAGAUUUGAUGGUGCAAGUCUAAGUGGCUUUGUGGCUUCUCCUUUUUGUUCAGAAGACAUGAAACCACUACAACUCCAUCUCCCCCCUUAGAACAGCUCAUCAUUUCACACUGGUUUUCUACUACCAAUGCUGCUAAUUAUUAUAUGCAUGAAGACAAGUAUAAUCUGCUAAGAACAUGGCAUAUUAUGACAAAAAUUGGGUGCAAUCUUAUUGGAUAUUCUUUUAGGUGUAUUGGAGUUGUGAGGAGUGCUGAUUAUUCUAUGCAGUAAGAAAACUUACAGGUAGAUUUGAUCUAUCAUGUUAAUUAUGUGGUUGACCAAUGGGGAUGGACCACAUCAGCAUCCUUCAUGGGUCCAUGAAGGAUGCUGAUGUUACAUCAUUGAUUGA